GUUUUUGUAUUGUUUUUUCGUGGUAACAAGCGAGUUUUAACUGUUUUUAAGUUCAAAUCAUUAAAAACUCUCUUAUUCUACUACAAUUUUGUUGAUUGUGUUUUUUGUGUAUUCCCGAUUUGAUAUUCUUAUUAUUAUGGAUACAAAAAAAGGUCAUGGCUCGUCUUGCGCAGUGAAAUACUGCAACAAUAAGUCAAGGACCUCUGUUGGUAUUAGUUAUUUUACCAUGCCAAAAAAUACAGAAAGACGGUCCAAGUGGAUUGAGCUAUGUCUGCCUGAAUGUAUCGACAAAAAUGCAUUUGUUCAGAAUUUUAGAAUUUGUAGUGAACACUUUGAGGACAAAAUGUUCCUUAAUGUCAAUAAAAAAAACAGGUUGACAGAUUUUGCUGUUCCUACAUUAUUCAAUGAUGAAAUUCUUGCUAAAAGAGUAUCAGAGAGUGAAACACAUGAUCUUUCGACACCAACGGCAUACUCAAGCCCUAUUUCAUACACUGGUACAAGCUUAUCUUUAAAAAAUACUUCAGACUCAUCUUCUCAGACACCAGAACAUUUAUCAUACUCUACACCUUGGGAAGUUGUUUUAGAAACAGAAUUGAAAGAAGAAAAGGAAAAAAUUAAGAGAUAUGAAAAAUCUGUUACAACUUUAAGUAACGUUUUAGCUAAAAAGUUAAGAAAAAUAAAUAAUUAGCAACAUUAAAACAUUUGUAAUUAUUAAU